CCCCUUCGAUGCGGACUACACGUGUUUGUGGAAUGGUGACAACGUGGUUGAUCUAGCUCAUGCACAAACCAGGAGACUCCACAAAUCUGACCAGGGCCUUUCCAUCGGUUUGUCUGGAAGUCGUCGCUUUCUUCAUUGGGACGAAAGAGGAUGAAUAACCUGCCGGGAACUGUUUCGUACAUGUCUAGUGCAAUGCCUUGCAACACCGAUGGACGGUUGGAGUUGUAUUCGCACGGGCAUCGUCAAGGAAGACUGGACACGAGUGAUCGGCACGGCCUCGUGGGCCGCCGGGGCUUCAAGCGAACCCGAUGCUUGCCUACGGAUUGACUUUUCUCUGUAAAGGCCAUCCAUCGUCCAUUAUACGGAUACUGGGUUGCGAGAGUAUCCUUGCUUGGAAAGAAGGGGGAGGAGGGGGGGGGGCGUAUUAUGUGUGUGGUUUGGACUGUGGAGCAGCAUCCAGUACCUGCAACAACCCAACUGAUCAUCUCCAGUCUUAUCAGUCUUCUCACGGCAUAUAGCAACACGUACACACGCACACGCACCAACGAAAGCAGACGCUGCGGACCCUCUCUGGUCGUCCGAGCAGAAUUAUAUUAACUACCAUAUCUGCGGAACGGGUCCCUCGUCCCUCCUCCUCCUCCUCCUCCCCCCUCCACCCCUCAAGAGUCGGGUGCUUGAGAGACCCUGCGCUUCUUCUUCCGUUCUUUGUCCCCCUUCGAGAAGGGAUGGAGCUUGCUCUGUUCUCGAUUCUUUUCGUUUCUUCUUUGCUCUGACUCCCGAUAUCCUUCGACCGCCUCGAACCCCCGCCCCCCAUCCUCUCAGUUUGGACCCAGACGAAUGUCUGGUUGGGCUUCUUGGUCAUGGCCAUGGACGGAGCGACUAUCCACAAGCUGCUGGGAACGGCCGACAACUCGGGCGAGCCGGAGCCGUUGGUGAAUAAGCAGAGCACCGUCUUGGGCGUCGUCAUCAGCUUCGCGGUUUUGUCGUGGCUGUGCGUCGCGUACCGCAUUCAUGUGCGAGCCAAGGUGGUUCAGUCUAUGGGAUGGGAUGAUGUGUUUGUGAUGUUGUCGUCGCUAUUGACAACCGCGGGUUCCGUUGCGAUCUGCGUCGCAACCGAGUUUGGCAUGGGCAAGCACAUAUACUACUUGUCCGCCGACCAGGUCCAGAACUACCUCCGGACCUUUUACGUGGCGAACGCCUCUUACGUGUUGUCGACCGCCUUCAUCAAAAUCUCGCUUCUCUUCCAGUACCUCCGCAUAUUCGAUCAGCCGUCCUUCAGCAGACGGCUCUGCAUCUUCACCAUCAUUUUCACUUCGCUUUGGUCCCUCACCUACUCCUUUCUCGGCUGGGUCCCCUGCCUCCCCGUGAGGGCCUACUGGGACUGGUCCGUCCCGGCCACCCGCUGGGCCUACGGAUCCCUCACCCCCGAGAUCUUCUCGGCCACGUACGAAAGCCAUUCCGCCAUCAACGUCGCGCUGGACCUGCUCGUCCUUGCGAUCCCGAUCCCCAUCUAUUUCAGGACCAACGUGCCAUUCAAGUCCAAACUGGGUCUGCUUGCACUUCUUGCCAUCGGCAUCGCUGUCAACGGCAUCUCCGUGGCCCGUUUCGUCACCAUCCUGCAACACCGCAGCGCCACCUACCCCACGCUCGACUUCCCCUGGUACGCGCCCAUCAGCAUCGUCCUUUCCGCCGUCGAGGUCGACGUCGCCAUGAUCGCCAGCAGCGUCCCCAUCUUCUGGCCUGUCCUGCGGCAGCGGUUCCCCGGCAUCUUCGUCACCAAGGAGGUCGAGGUCACGCGCGAGGUCCGGAGGCUCGAGAGCGUCGAGCUCGACGACGACGUCGGCGCGGAGGAGGGGCGGAGGUCCAGGGUCGGCAGCGAGGCGAGCCUCCGCCAGGACAACCGCGGGGGCGAGGGCCUAUACCGCGACGAGUUCAUAGCGAAUCAAAUCGAUCCUUUCAGAAAGAGCAAGAGCGUCGUCACCGAGGUCAAGGCGGGUGAGGGAGAGGACGGCGGGUGGUGGCAGAAGUAGCGAUGAGCAAGCAUACAGUCCGAAAGUCGAAUGUCUGGUAAAGUUCCACUCGUUCUGAUGCAUUUAAAUCUCAUCAAGUUUGUUGCGUCUUCGGAGAAUGAAAUGAUCCUCAUUCGGAGUUCGUCGUGUUGAUAUAUC